AUGUCAACACCUAUACAAGAGAAAGAGCAAUUCUCGUUCCCGGCAUUUGCACCAGAUCCACAACAUUAUCAACACCAAGAAUUACCCCCGGAACGUCGCUCAUCUGAUGAAGAUGGAACUCUACGGGGAGAACACCCAUCUGAGACCCACCAUGAUGAACAUCAUCGGCAACAUGGGCAACAUGUCGAUGACCAUCACUUAAGAGUUGCCACAAGUUUUUCCAAUGAUCCAGAAUACCUUCGCAAGAGAAGCCAAUCGCCUAUGUCGGCAGCAGCACAAAGAGAACAGUCGCGGCGGCUUGACGAUGACCUUGAGAUGCUGCGAGUAGAACGAGUAAUAUCGAACGAAGUGAAGGAUGAUGGUCACAGUAUGGGUAGAUCAAUGAGAUCGAGAGGACAUGGUGGAGGAGAACCCAUCGACGAUUUCGAUAUCAAUACCACCCCUAUACACGAGAAGACCAAAAUAUAUAGACCACCAGCACAUCCUGCCACGGCACUUGCGAAGUUCUUCAAGAAGAUUCACGGCUCGAGCAUUCUGGUCCGAUACUUUGUCUACAUCACACCAUUGAUGUUGCUACUUCUCAUCCCAGUUUUGUUUGGACUGUUCCUUUUUGACCAAAAGACGGUUGGAGGUGUUAAGCUCUUCUGGUUUGGAAUUUGGUUAGAAAUUGUCUGGUUGACAUUAUGGCUUGCACGAAUCAUCGCCAAAUGCAUUCCGUAUCCCAUGGGUAUCAUUUCCAGCCUAUUUACAAAUAACAACAAGAAAUGGAGAGAUUUGGGAAAAGCACUAGAGGUCCCAGCAACUCUGUUCUUUUGGUGGCUAGCUAUUGAGAUCUCUUUUCUCCCAACGAUGAAGAACCAUCACCUUGAUGGAGACAAGACCACUCGUAGCUGGGAGGAUACCUGCAAUAAUAUCAUUGUGUCGAUUUUUGUUGGAGCAACCUUGAACUUUAUCGAGAAAAUCAUCAUCCAACUCAUCGCCAUCAGUUUCCACUUGCGAACAUACGCGGACCGUAUCGAGCUUAACAAAUUUCAGAUACAGAGUUUAGUAAAGUUGUACAAGUAUUCAAAGGAAAAGAUUCAAGAGCAAGACUCAGAUUUUGAGGACCGUACUGGGCAGUCAGGUAUCGGAUCAGGGAUUCGCACUCCAAUGGCUUAUGUCAACAAGGCACAGAAGAAUGCGCGAACUGUCUUCAACAAAGUUGGAGAUGUAGCUGGCAAGGUAGCUGGAGAUUUCACGGGCAGGGCUGUAACAUCUAGUACUCAUCCACAUCAAGUAGUUCUCCAACUCUUGAACACCACAACUGGGUCUCAAGUACUUGCUCGACGACUUUACCGAACUUUCGGAAACGGCGACUCGGGAACUAUUCUUGCGGAGGAUUUGACUCUUGCUUUUGACAAUGAGGAAGAAGCGGAAGCAGCUUUUACCAUGUUUGACAAAGACUUGAACGGUGAUAUCUCCAUGGAGGAACUUGAAACGGUUUGUGUUGAGAUUGGACGCGAACGAAAAGCAAUUACAGCCUCUCUGAAAGAUCUGGACUCGGUCGUCAGCAAACUCGAUAAUAUACUUUUAUUCAUCGUUAUGGUCAUUACCGUUUUGGUAUUCAUCUCUUUGAUCUCUGCUUCCGCCUCUGGUGUCUUGACAUCGGCUGGAUCAUCGGUUUUGGCUCUCUCUUGGUUGUUCACUGCAACUGCACAAGAAUUUCUACAAUCCAUCAUUUUCGUUUUCGUCAAGCAUCCUUUCGAUGUUGGUGACCGAGUCACCAUUUAUGGAAAUACGGGGUCUAAAUUGCAAGGAGACGAUUAUUUUGUGAAAGAAAUCUCCCUCCUCUUCACCGAAUUCAAGAAGGUGGAAGGUCAUGUUGUACAAGCCCCGAACAGUUACCUAAAUACACUGUUCAUCUUGAAUCAACGUCGCUCGGGUGGUCUCGCAGAAGCGGUUCCCAUUACUGUUAAAUUUGGCACUUCCAUCGACCAACUCGAAGAACUGCGUGAAGAACUCGUAAAGUUCGUGCAAACCGAAAAGCGCGAAUACCAAGGCAAGAUCAUCACCGAAGUAACCACCAUCUACGAGAAUUACUCCAUCACCUUCAACGUCGUCUUCUUCUACAAAUCCAGUUGGCAAAACGAGUUGUUGCGUUUGCAACGCCGAAACAAAUUCAUCAUCGCCAUGAUCUGCGCAAUGGAACACCUAGGAAUCCAAGGCCCACGCCAACGCCUCGCAGGUUUCACCCAAGAAAACCCCGUCUUCCUCAAUGGCGCCUACCCACCUCCUUACCAACCCAACCCCGAACACUCCGAUUUCGGACCUGGACCACGCUCUGGAUCUCUCUCCCGCGAUCACGGGCCCAUAGGUGAAUACGAACCGUCAGCUGGACCUCAACCAGCCUCAGGUGUGAAUCCACAUCCCUCCAUUCUUCGUCGCCGCAUAUCUGGCUCACAAUCCAACGCCCGUCGUCGUGGAGAAUCCCUCUCCGCAAUGAACAAACGCGUGGAUUUCUCCCUCGGCAUGCAAGGAAUGUCCUCGGGCAUGGACCUCGGCGACGUCUUCGACGAACGCCCCAAAGUCCGCAUCCCAGAUGUCACGUUCACAUCUCCCUCCCCAGGCCCCACAUCCCGCCCUAGUCGGGAAAUCCAUUCUCGAGACCGAGACGGUGAAAGUCUCGUCAAACAAUCAACGCGUGACUCGAAGGAUUCACAAUUGAAGAAAGUGACGUCGGCGAAUAGUGGGCGGACGCAUCGAAAUCGAUUUUUCUCCCGAGGCAGAGCAAAAUUCUCGGGCGUGAUGGAUGAAGAUGAAGGGACCAAUCUAGAUGAAUUAGAAGCGGGGCUCCACUCGCAUCUGAUGGAAACUCACGGUACGGAACUACGAGAUAUACCCGAAGCAUCGGGUACAUCGACGGCGAAUGCGAGUCCAGGGGGAAGAAUCGAUCCAAGAUCGGGAAUCGUGAGUCCCCAGGCGGUACAGAAUGAUAGUGUGCGUGAAAGGGGAGAAUUGCCGCAGGUGGGUAAGAUUGGGGGACCGCCGAGGAGGGCUUUUACUGGUGUUUAG